UUAUGGUCCGACAGCGGCGGACGGGCCCGAGCUGUCUGAUGACUCCGUUAAGCCGGAGGAGCAGCGAGUGCUUUGAAACAAUGGCGGUUACAUAACUGGGGAUGAAAGAGGAGAGCUGCUCCCCCUGCAUCACAGCGCUGGAGUCUCUGAACAUCAUCGUGCUUCCCACACAGCGCAGUCUGUUUCUCCCACACACACACACACACUCGUGCCCACUCCCACACACAACCACCCACUGAGCAGGUUGCUUAGAACAGUGGAAUGAGAAAUACAGUUAUAGUCCCGUGCUUCUUCUUUUGCUGUUCAUCAAUUUCUAGUUGCAUGUCCGAAAAUCGGUAUCAGUGCAUCACAACUUAUGUGAAAUGUGUGUUUGGAUCAGUGGGCAACAAACGGGUCUCAAACCUUGACGCUGAGGUUGGAUUAUUUCGAGUGAAUCUGUGAACAUGUUCCUCCGGCUCUGUGCCAGUACACGCACAUCAACAACCGGGGGAGGGACUGCUCCCUCAUGCUCCUGCUUUUACAGUGGAGAGAGAGCUGGUUCAGAAGAGGACCUUCACCCGAUGGAUGAACCUACAUUUAGAAAAGUGUGACCCGCCCAUAGAGGUCCAAGACCUUUUCCUGGACAUACAGGAUGGACACAUCCUCAUGGCCCUGCUGGAAGAACUCUCCGGCUGCAAGAUGCUCCACAAGUUUAAGAGGUCCACCCAUCGCAUCUUCCGACUCAACAACAUUGCCAAGGUCCUGUCUUUCCUGGAGGAGCGAAACGUGAAGCUCGUCAGCAUCGACGCCGCCGACGUCGCCGAUGGAAACUCCUCCAUCAUCUUGGGACUCAUCUGGAACAUCAUCCUCUUCUUCCAGAUUAAGGAGCUCACUGGGAACAUCAGGAGCCAGUUCCCCUCCUCCUCCAGCCUAUCGUCCAUCCCCACCAGCUCUGACUCCGACACGUCUUGCUGCAGCACGCCGUCGGGCGAGAGACAGCCGGCGUCCACCGCCAUGCGAGAACACAGCAAAGCCAUCAAAAAACUGCUGCAGUGGGUGCAGAAGCGAACACGCAAGUACAGUGUGGCAGUGAAGGACUUUGGGAAGAGCUGGACAAGUGGUCUGGCCUUCCUGGCUGUCAUCAAGUCCAUUGACCCCAGCUUGGUGGACAUGAGGAAGGCACUGCUGAGGAACGCCAAGGACAAUCUGGAGGACAGCUUCAGGAUAGCCCACUACAGCCUGGGUAUCCCACGCCUACUAGAGCCUGAGGAUGUGACCAUCAAUGCACCAGAUGAACAAUCCAUCAUGACAUAUGUGUCACAGUUCCUGGAGCACUUCCCUGGCAGAGAGGAGCCGGAGGAGCCCGUCCCGCUGAUUGAACGAAGUGUCUCCAUGGGCCGACUCCACUUCCGCGAGAAGGACUCCAACCACAUAAGGAAUAGUAUCCAGCAAAGCAGAGUGAAGGAGAGGUCCCACAUGUUCCAAAGGGUCUGUACCCAGCAGCCACCCAAAAUCCUAAUUUCCUCAGUGUCCGAGGACCGGAGUGCCAUGUCACCCCCCUUCAGGACUGCUGCAGCUCGCUCCUGGUCCAGUGAAGAUCUCUUGGCAGAUUCGCCCCACAUCUCAAGCAGUGUGGCCGAAAACCCCCAAGAAUCUGCCAGUGAGGUCUUAACCAACUCAACUUGUAACUCCCCACAGUUGUCUUACGCUAACUCACCCACAGGCUCGUCGGUGCCCGAGUCCGUCACCACCGAGUCCGUCACCACCGAGUCCGUCACCACCGAGUCCGUCACCACCGAGUCAUUGAUUGGCGACUCGGCCAUAAGCUCCCCGGACUCCUGGGUGGAGAGCGAGUUUGGGGUGGGGAUGCAGGAGAGGUUUUGUGAAAGCCAAAGUGACGGUUCUUUGUGCGACAGUGGAACAGCCUGGGAUGUGUACCGUGCCACUCCUGUGGAGGUCACUAAUCUUGAUGAAGGAUGCGACCUAUCCAUGGAAGAAAGGGCGCCUGAGGAGGAGUCCAUUUCCGAGUCGUAUAUAGAUGAAGGAAUUUGCUCACUGAGCUCAUUGGAAAGCGCCAGGGAGAAAAGCCAAGGGCACUUUGACACAAAGCAACCGGAAGUAGUGAAAGAGAAAGAGGUGCACCUUGAGAAGUCCAACCAGGACAUGCCUGUGGAAAAGGUACCCGAUCAUAGCAAGGCUGAGACGGCAGAAGAAGAACAGAGUGAACAGACAAUAGAGGGUACGAGUCAGAGCAGGGAGCCGGAGACCUCUUUAGGACUCUGCAAUGCUGAGGAACUGAGGGACUCCGGUGUGGAAAAACUCCAUGAAACUGAUCAUUCUAACCAGUCGCAACCCAAGAGAAACACUGUUGAAGAGAGAGCUGUGGACUUCGUUGAGGGUGUAAGGGACCACGAAGGACGAACUGCUGGUCAAAGUGUAGGUCUGAAAGAAAGCGGUAACUCUGAGGAACUUCAAGUGGAAACUGAAUGUCAGGAGAGAGAAGAAAAUAAAAGGGUUGAUGGUGUUGGAGAAACACAAGAGGAAGCAAGUGAAGGAGUUCUAAGAGAAGACCUAGAUCCUCUAGAAAACUUUAGUCCAUUGACUUUACCAAAUACAGGUCCAACCAACAAAGACAGAGCUCCAGAAACAAGUCUGGACCCAAGUGCUGGCAUAGAUGUUCCUCUGAUCUCUAUUUCAAGUGAGCCAGAAGAGCAGAACCCAGAGGAAAUAUGUGACCCAGAAAGACAACAUCCUGCUUGGCAAGAUGAGGUGCAUCAUGCAGAAGGUACUGACACGGAUGUCGACUGCCCCCAAAAUCCACACAAAUUCACCCUCGAGUCCAAUGUGGAGAUUCCAUCACGUCCGGUAACAGAAAGUGAACAACCAAAAGCUUCAGAACAAACAAGGGGCAUGGAAAGCAAACCUUUGGAUGAACACGGCACCAGUCGGUCCCUGGAUCCAGUUAUUGACGAGUCCGACACAAGAGAUAAAAUGACCAUAAGUGAAUGUGAAUUGACUUGUCAGACUUGUUCUUCCGAAGCCACAUCUCAACCUGUGGCUGCUGAGCAGGAAGUGGAUUCCCCCGAUCACCCGGAUGGACACAAGUACACCUCUUCCAGCAAAGACACCGCCACCACUGAGCAGAACACACCGGAUGCCGUGAACCCAAAACCAAAUGGUACCUUUGGACCAGGUUGUCUGUACAGAGACAAAGGCUUGUUUUAUAGCGACUUUGAUCAAAGUCCUGCCCCAGAGGGGGUAGUCGGUGACCCCGUUGAACCCAUGGAUCUGUUCUACCCUGACAAAGAGGAGCCCAUGUUUCUAGAGCCACCAGAUGCUGAAAUGCAGAGUUGGCCUUCGGUUCUGAGUGUAUCUGCCCUCAAGCCAGCUCCUGCUUCGGAGACUCCACCUGAUCAGCCCCUCAGCCUGCUGGAUGAGGACUUCAGCCACGGAGUGGAUUGGACCCCAGAGAAUGACGAGCAGAUCCCCAAGACCUACCGGGAGACUGACACGGCAUCAAAAUCCCCGGAACUGUGCGUGUUGCCCGGGGAGACGAUAGGAGGAGUCUGGGGUGAUGAUGCUCCAGCUGACGGCAGUGAUCUCAGGACCUCAGGCUGUGCCAGGGAAAACACAGAGCCUGUGAGGAGAGACAGUGACGGUUCCAUCAGACCGGAUGAAAGCCACAUCCCUCCAGUCCUCCGUCACAGGAAGGGCGCUCGCCUCGCCGAGUCCACGGACAAUCAGCCGGCUGUGACUGCAGCGAGCAGGAGAGACGACAGCGGCGACUCCGACUCCGGGUGCAGUGACAGCUGGGAGCUCUACGUGCUGCUGCUGCUCUGGCUGCUGCUCUACUGCUUCUGGCUGCUGCCACAGAUGGACCUGAAGACACUGCCCAGCCUGCUGCUCAACCUGGAGCCCUGAACACCAACACACACACGCCGUUACAAAGGGAAAACCUGAUCAGAACCACCAAAACACACACACACACACACACACACACACACACACACAGAGAUGUCGGUAUCACCAUGUUUUGGGGCCGCUGCUCGGGAAACAUUUUACAGGAUAAAAAGUCAUAACUUCUCAACAAUAUCGUUUUACAAUUUGGAGAAAAAAAGUAAUAUUUUAAAUCAAAGUUUAAAUCAAAACCGUGUAAACUUAUUUUUUUAAAGUCACAUCAAAAGAAAAACUUGUAUUAUUAGGAACUGGGCUUUUAUUUAAUCAGUCUAAGGUUUUGAGAAGUCAGUGCUGUUCAAGUAAAUGUAAAACAUUUUUUGUGUAAUUACAUUUUAUAUUUAUUCAAAUAUAAACAAACAAUAUCAUUUUAGUUAUAGCUAUCCAAAGACCAGAAGAGAUACGUUUUCCUUCUAAGGUUUCCUCCUUAAAUGUCCAGAUAUUGACCAUUUACUCAUAAAGUUAAGACUUUAACAUUAGAACUUCUCAUAACAUUGUUGUUUUGGUCCAAAUGUCGAAUUGUGGAACCCUGAUUUGUAAUUUACUGCUGUGCAAAGCCGACAGAACUCACAUGACUGUACAGCACACUCUGAUUUGUAGAUAGAUAGAUAUAUACACACUAUGGAUUUCUGGAUUUGCACUGCUUGCCUGAAUAGCCAUUUAAAAGUAAAAGUGCUUUAAGCUGAAGGGGAUAGCUGAGCUGAAGCAGCUAAAAAAAUAAGAAUACAUUAUGUGAUAAAGUUAACUGACGAAGAGGGAUUUUGAUUCGUUGCACAUUGUGAAAAAGAAUCCAAACUGCCAAAGAUAUGCAUUGGAGAUAUACAUCAGAGAUAUACAUUAGCUAUAUACAUUAGAGAUAUGUAUAAGAGAUAUGCAGUGGAGACAUGUAUAAGAGAUAUGCAUUGGAGAAAUGUAUAAGCUUAAUAAAGUAUCAGUGCGAACAAACAAAGUACACAACACGCCACAAACCCAUUAAGGGACAACCUGUUUUUAACACAAAGUAGAUCUUGUACUAAAGCUUCACCCCAGUGGCUCUAUAUUGUAUAAUAGUCGAGCAGAAUAUGUAUUUGUUAUAUUUUGUGUCUUAUAAUGGAUUUUUAAAGUUUUAUGAUAAAGAAAUGUUGUAUGUGAUUGAGCCUUGCUUGUGAACAGAAUGCUUUACGAUGAAAUAUCUUUCUAUAUAUGCUAUUUUUGAACAUUGUCUGUAAUGCAGCACAAUGACAGAGUGUGCAUCCUUCAUCCACCCUCAGCUCCUCCACCCACACACACCGGGUCAUAGCACCCUGCAUCGCCGCCCCGUCUCCUGUGUGAGUGCUGGACGUGUUGUUGCACUUUAACCUUAAAGCUGUGUCCCAAUCCCCUUCUAUUGAUCACCAGCAUACACCAUACAAAAUGUCCCAAUUGGCCCGAUCUGUGGAAUACCAUGAAGUACCUCCAAAUGUGACAAGUACAGUGCUUUUGGAAAGGUACUGAGUGAGAAUGUUAAUAAAAUGAUGCAUUAGCUUUGCUAUUGUGAGUAUGAACAGUUUCCUACCUGUCAUCUGUGUUUAUAAAAAAUAGUUCCUCACUAAAAAAGUUCAAAUUACAUUUUUUUAAAUGUUCUUUUGCCAAAUAAGUAUGUAGAAGUACCUUCUGAGAGACCGACUUGCAAACAUGAAGUUGUUUUUUCUGCAUUUUUACAAGUACAAAUUUGCCUCAAAGGGCUUUACAGUCUGUACACAUGCAACAUCCUCUGUCCCGAAACCUCCACAUCGGCACAGGAAAAUCUCCCCAAUAUAUGAAAACCCUUCCAUGGGGAAAAAGGGAAGAAACCUUAGGGAGAACGUCAGAGGAAGGAUCCCUCUCCUGGGAUGGACAGACUGCAAUGGAUGUCACGUGUACAGAAUUAUCCUCAGCAUACCCACGUGCAAAUGUACAAGCACUGGGAGACGUUUCCAUGAUACGUCUCCUUUGUUGUGUCCUUCCACCAAUGAAGGUCAGACUGAGGGUCCGAUCGAGGCCCCCACGGUUCCAGCCUCUUUUACUACAAAUGAAUCACAUCUCCACACGCUGGCGCCCGCCACACGUGUCCGGUGCCUUUAUAAAAGAAAUGUCCCCAACCACUGGGGCAGUCCCUCUGAGUCUGGGAUAGGUCUUGAGAGGGCGGGUUAAGGACGCAGUGGACUGUGUGUGUGUGUGUGUGUGUGUGUGUUUGUGUCUCCAGUGACCAUGGACACAGGACCAGAUCCCCCCCACCACCACCAAACCACCAAGAGGACGAACCUAGCAUGCACAUUAGCUUUUGUAUUGGAGCCUGAGUCAUUGUAAUUGUUUCAUCAGCACCAGUCGGCUGCGAUUAAAGACGUGUCUCAAACCCUU